UUUUACGACACUAUCUGCAAAGCAUUCUGGGUAGUAAAUUUGAAAAAUGGCUACGGAUAGUGAGUCUGGAAGUGAAUACGAGGUUGACAAAAUCCUUCAACAGAGGAAACGGAAAGGUGUGAUAGAGUACCUGGUCAGAUGGCAAGGUUACGGGGCAGAAAAUGAUUCAUGGGAGCCAGGGAAAAACUUGAAGGACUGUGCAGCGAAGAUAAAAGCUUUCAAUGAGAAUGAAAAUGCAAAUGCUACUCCUAAAAAACGAGGGAGAAAGUCGACGUCCAGAUCGAGGUCAAGGUCACGUGGAAGGUCAGCAUCCAAGGGCAGAAAAUCCCCAAGUCGCAAGAAAGCGACCCCUGUCAAACAGGAGACGGCGGUUCGUCGGUCCAGUAGAUCCAGGUCAAGGGGUCGUCAGCAAACCACAGUGGAGACCCUCACUAAAAAAGUGGAGGAAUUUUCUGAUGAUGAGAACCAAAUAAAAAAGUUUGUCACAGAAACCAAGGAAACUGUUACCAGGUCAAGCGGAACUGCUGCACCAGUGAAGAGCAAGAUGAAGAACCCAGUGAAGGCGUUGUAUAGACAGCUGACCACAUCUGACUACCCCACCAUCAUCAUCUUCACCUGCAUUGCUCUCAUCACACUCAGCUUUGUGUUGGAGCCUUACAUCAACUUGGAGCAGGCCUGGACUUGGGUCACAAAAAUUGUAUCAUCUCUUCAGAAAUAUGUUCAAGGACUGUGGGCCGCUCCCGCCAGCAAAUCAGGAGGGAAGUGAGGCAGUGACUUAGAUCUCGGCCAAGCAGAUGGCAGCUUCAAUAGUCAUUGAUCAAUCACUGGAUGCAAUUUUAAGUGACAGCAAUUCAAUUUUAAAUGGUGACAUUUUGUAUGAAAGAAAUUUAGAAAUACAUUUGUAUUUUAUAAAGUUUUGUAAGACUUCAGUUGUAGAAUGAACUAGUGUAGUGCUGUAGACAUUUUAACACAGAUUUAUUUUAUUACAUAUAUUUUUACUUAACACUUGAUACUGGAAAUGUAAAAAAAAAAAACAAAGAAGAACUGAUUGAAAAUUAUUCAAAUUUUGUCUCCCACAGUAUUGCAUGGUCUUAUGAAAUCCCAUCAAUGUGGUUUUUAGUCCAUUUUAUCUGAUAAGAAAUGCUUACAUUUGCAUAUAUAUGAAAAUGAGACAGCAAUAAUUAGAAAGAAAAGACUGUGGACAUUAGAAAACGAACCAAAUUCUUUGUAUAGUGUAGAUAUACCAUAACACCUUUAUCAAUGUUGACAUAAAUGUGAUGUGGUUAUCGGCAUUACAAUGUAAUGGAAGAGAUUCAGACGGGGCAACAGAAAUGUAGUUUGUUUGUUUCCUUGGAGACUGAGAGAUAAAGGUUGCUGUCAGUGACAGAGUGUGUUCAUAGCAGUUGUGGUCCGUGUAAAUAAACCCAGCCUGUAAGCUGUAAUACUCCUCUCGUAUCAUAACCCCACCUACUCGCAAUAUCAAAUACACCCCCUCCAUAGUCCACUAAUAUUUUCUGUAUUGUUUUUAUAUCUACGUCAAGUUUUAAGUUUUGUUUACAAGACAUCUGACAUUUUAUCUUCAGUAUCAUUGUUUGGUCAUUUACAUGCUACAACCCGAGUCAAAUUUUGGCAUUCCUGGAUAGAACAAGAGAUGGUCAGGCUGUGUACAAUCUUUUACAGCUGUAUAUCGCUAUGUAUAUCUAUGUAUAGCUGUGUACAGGUGCGUUUGAUAUCCUUUAUGAGAUCUAAGGGUGAAGUCCGUUCUCUUUAUUCCCCUGUGUGGACCCUCAGGAAAUUCUAUUUUGUGGAACUUUAUUAUUGAAAAGAUCUUGUGAAUAAACUUUUAUAUGAAUGCUA